AGGAUCACAGUACUGGUUGCUCCUCCUGUCCGCCUGGUGGCGCCGACGCACUCUUUAUCGAGGCGAGAGCAACUCCAUGAACAUCCGGUUAGGGCGCCACAUUUUAUUUGCCCGUGAAGAUGCCGAAGUUUUACUGUGACUACUGCGACACGUACUUAACGCACGACUCGCCGUCAGUAAGGAAAACUCACUGUAGUGGACGUAAACACAAAGAAAAUGUGAAAGACUAUUAUCAGAAAUGGAUGGAGGAGCAGGCGCAGAGCCUGAUAGACAAAACAACUGCUGCUUUCCAGCAGGGGAAAAUUCCACCCACGCCGUUCCCCGGCGCUGCCCCUCCGGGUGCAUCCCUGCUCCCUCAUCCCAAUAUCAGUGGACCACCUAGGCCAGGCAUGUUACCAGCUCCUCCAAUGGGUGGCCCUCCAAUGAUGCCCAUGAUGGGUCCUCCUCCACAUGGCAUGAUGCCUGGUGGUCCAGGCCCAGGUAUGCGGCCCCCUAUGGGUGGGCAUAUGCAAAUGAUGCCAGGCCCCCACAUGAUGCGACCUCCUGCUCGGCCAAUGAUGCUCCCUGUAAGACCUGGCUUGGCACGACCAGAUCGAUAGAAAUAACUGUUGUGCCAUGAUUGCCUUCCUCUUCUAAACAAAGACUCCGCUAACUGCAUACAUUGGCUUUUGCCAUUUUGCCGUUUCAAUGGUUUUGGCAACAGAAGAUCAUGGAUUUUCAUUUAAAAGGAUCCAUAUUCUCUCUCUUUUUAAUUUGAAUGACACCCCCCCCCCCCCCCCCGCCCCCACCCCGGGCAGUGAUUCAUAUUUGUUAAUUAGGAUACAGUACAUGUGAUCGUCCAAGCCAGAUUGGUUUACGUUUUAGUGUUGGAACAUUUUUUUUAGGACUGUUUUCGCAAUAAAAUAAAAAUACAAACUCA